AUGAAAUAUGUUAAAUAUAAUACAACAUUAAAUAUUGUUCAUGAAUCAUUUCAUUAUAUUCUUUUACUCGAUGGAUCAGGAUCAAUGAGUGGACAAAGAUGGAAAGAUUUAAUGAAUGCUGUACAAGAAUUUUUAAAACGUCGUUCAGAAUUAAAUACAUAUGAUCGUAUUUCAAUUAUUGUCUUUUCUAGCACUGCUAAUAUUAUCUAUUCAAAUGAAGAUAUUCAAAAUAUUAAUGUUAAUAAUAUUUCUUAUCCAGGUGGUGAUACAUCGUUUCAUGAUGCAUUUGAAUGUGUUGAUAGAUGUAUAAAAUAUUCAAAAAGACAAGCAGUUGUCAAUUCUGUUCAUAAUAAAUUUGCCAUUGUUUUUAUGAGUGAUGGUGAAGGUAUAUAUCCAGAUUAUCAAUUGAAACAUUUAUUAAAAGAACAUGACUCAGUAAUCAAACGAUUUUGGACUCUAGCAUUGGGUAUCAAUCAAUCUUCUUCAUCAAUGAAUGUUUUAGAAAAAAUUAAUGCAAAAAUGAAUGGUUCAUUUAUUGAUAUUGCAACAUCGGUAGAUUUGAUUAAAGCUUAUGCGGAAGUCGCAAAUUUCAGUCAAUAG